GGAAAACCGAAAUUGGAUUUUAUAUUGCCGCAGAGAACUGAAAUGGUUUAUUUGUCCUGCUGUUCUGUGAUACUAAGAAGUCAGAAGAAACAUUUUUGGAUGGCUUUCCGACUCUAACGAAUGAUUCGUCACGUCGUUGACUCCGUGGAAGAUGAACUGUAGACUCGGUAAAUCAACAAGGACCACCUGUUGUAAAGUGACUUGAAGAGUAAUGCCAAUGGCAAAGCGAAGCCAGCUUUAUUCAUCUCUUAAAGGGACAAUAACACUCUUGCUGGCUUGAAAGCUCCAGAAAAUAAAUAAUAUCUCUAUCUAAGUACUAGAUGUUUAAGUGUCCUACCUGUUGUGUAAAUUAUCCAUUACAUCCUAUUUUACUUGUCCAGAGGGUUCGAAAAUAUUUUUAAAUCGAAGUUUCAUUUGAAAAGGUUUACGUUAGACGUUUCAAACCAUUAUGUUGAAUUUUUCAAAAUUUUUAAAUAAGGUGUGUUAAAAUGAAAUUUGUAUCAUCAAUUAAUUGGAAUAUUGUAAAAUAGUACAAUUUGUUGACCAGAAUAAAGAUUAGGACAUAUUAUUCAGUUACAACUAGAGUGGUAUUGAGCCUUUAAACUACAAAAUUAACACCUUAUACAAGAAUAAUCAUCUGAAUAAAUAAUCAACAUGGAAACUAAUGAUGUUAAAACCUUUCAUCAGUGUGUUGUAUGUGAUGAAAUUUUCCAACAACUUGAUGAUUUAGAAAAACACAAUAAAAUACAUGUUAAAGAAGAGAAAACUGAUGACGUAGAUGGAUAUUGUCUUGUUCAUUUUAAAGAAGAUAAAACUGAUGAUGUAGAUGAAUAUUGUCAUGUUAAAGAAGAGAAAACUGACGAUGUUGAUCGAUAUUGUCAUGUUAAAGAAGAGAAAACAGAUGAUGUAGAUGAAUAUUGUCAAGUUAAAGAAGAGAAAACUGAAGAUAUUGAACCAGUUCAUCAGUGUAAUUUAUGUUAUGAAGAAUUUGAAUCGGAUGCUGAUUUAGAGAAACAUUGUAAAAUACAUGUUGAAGAAGAGUUGAAAGCUGAUAAUGGUAUUAAUGUAGGCCUGCAAUCACCUGAUGGUCAAGGUAGUGAUGUAGGCCUACAUUCAGCUGAAGCAAAAGAGUAUAAAUGUGAUGUUUGUAGUAAAUCAUUCACUCACAAGCGUAAUUUAAAGAGACACAUGAAAAGUCAUACAGGGGAAAAAACACAUAUGUGUGAUGUUUGUUUUAAAUCAUUCACAGAAAAGUUUUGUCUACGGAGACACAUGAAAAUUCAUACAGGUGAAAAACCAUAUUCAUGUGAUGUUUGUAGUAAAUCGUUCACUGAAAAUAAUUACCUUCAUAAUCACAUGAGGACGCAUACAGGUGAAAAACCGUAUACUUGUGAUGUUUGUAGUAAAUCGUUUACUGAAAAUCGUUACCUUCAGCAUCACAUGAAAAGUCAUACAGGUGUAAAACCUUAUAAAUGUAAUGUUUGUAGUAAAUCAUUCACUGACAAGCGUAAUCUACAGAGACACAUGAGAAGUCAUACAGGAGGGCAAAAACCGUAUCCAUGUGAUGUUUGUAGUAAAUCGUUUACUGACAAGCGUUAUCUACAGAGACACAUGAAAACUCAUACAUGAUGUUUGUAAUAAAUCUUUUACAAAAAGAGACGCAUACACAAGAAACUUUAUAAAAUGAAAUGAAAUGGGGUUUAACGUCCUACUGUUCUGCUCCUAUACUGGGCUAAUGAAGACGGGCAUAUACCAUACAGUGUGCUAUGAGGGAAAUUUUGCCCGGACAGCGGCACUACGUUCUACUCUUAUAUCAAAUUCCAACUGUCAAGGGAUCUUUUACGUGCACGUUGAUGUGUACACAGGACCUUGUUUUUUCUUUCCAUCCGAACGACUAAACAGCUGUCCUCGUCGGACCUUCUUUCCUGCAUCACUGACAAGGGGGAACCUGGAUGAACUUUCUCGGCCAAUGCAGGGAUCGAACACCCGACCUCCAGGCUAGAGAGUCAACAUCUUACCCACUUAGCCACCGUGUUCCCUCAUGUUUGUAAUAAAUUGCUCACAGAAAAUUAUGAAUGUGAUGUUCUUGGAAAGAGACCUCAUCAGGAAGUGCAAGUGACUAUUUGCCUGAUAUUUAAUUUGUGAGAGUAAAACAUGUACAAUUCUUUAAAGGAGCUAAAACUCUAUUCUUUGGCAUAUAAUAAUAAUGUAAUAUGAAUGUACAUGAACUGAUUUACAUUUAAUCGUUUCUGUUUUUACUAAUCUGUUAUGUUCGGUGAAAUACACAAUGGGUCCAAUUGAAUCCAAUCAAACAAAGCCACCUGGCAACAAUGAGGCCGCCUUUUUUGAUUUAGUUGCCUUGAAUGAAUCCCUUCUUUUUCAAUUAUUUAUGUAAUUUUAAGCUUAAAAGAGCAAAGACGCUAACUCAAUAUUUUCAUUUUGAUUAUUUAUGUAAUUUUAAGCUUAAAGGGGCUGAGUCGCUAACUCAAUAUUACCAUAAUAUUCGAAAUUAAAAACAUGAAUUAGAAUUCAAUAUUGAUCAAUUUUAAUCAAUAUUGAUGUUGUUAUCAUACAGUGAAACUAUAAGAUCCUAAUAUCUAAUAUUUAAGACACAAUUAACAUUUUAUAAUCAGUACACGAGUCGUGUAGCCUAUCCUAUAGUUUCUGAGGCCAUUUUGAACUGAACAAAUAAAAUAAUAUCACAAUCUGGAAGUAAUUAGUAUAGGCUGAUUCACAAACGAAAAAAUAAUAAUUUAAAAAUGUGUAGAACUAGAAUGCACUAAGCAGGUGUAAAUGACUGCUGUUCAAUUUGAACUGAUCACAUAUUUCACCAAAGAUAAUUGAAUGUAAAUCACUUUAUAUAUAUUACAUUAAUAUGUGCUUUUAGAACCAUUUUUGUCUAUUUCAAGGUUCCAAAAAAAUAGAACA